UACUGACAAGGCAAGAAAAAGACUACCACCCACUGGCUGGUUGAUGUCGGAUCCCUUUUCUUGGUUCCUUGGUGGUAAUGCAAAUGCAUUGAAAAUCACAACUCAAAGCUCAGCCGUAGGGUAUCAUAUCGCAAUGCCUGCUAAACGGUCGACUGUCAGCCAUCCUCGCUACCUGAAGAGCUCCACAUCCGCUACUGCUCCUCGGUCCCACCCACCAACCACCAUCCACCACCGUCCACCGUCCACCAUACCCCCCCUCUCCCGCGCCGCUCUGUUCCCGCAGUCCUCUUCUGACCCUUCACACGCGAUCAAUGCGGCGAAUCCACAAAAGCAACACAGGGCAAAUCGGGAGAGCAUGAUGAAUAUCCAGGGGGUUGGGGUUGAGCCAAGGGGCACCGAACAAACAAAGCCAAAUACGAAAAGAACAGAGAGUGCGCAUCGUUCUAUGGUCCCAUCAGCUCCUUGAUUCCCAGCCCCUUGAAACGUAAAGUCCCCCCAAUGUAGCCGAAACACCCUGCCAUGGACACGAAAAAAAUCAC